ACCACAGCGACCGUCCCUCCUCCCGGGGCGGGCGGAGAGGCGGCACCCGGGCACCGCGGCGGGGCUGUGUCGCUCCGCUCUGCUGCGCGCCCUGCCCCGCCGGUGAGGGGCGAGCCGGCCGCCGAGGGCUCCGUCCUGCCCUUGUGGCGCCCGGGGGCAGCCCGGCCCCUGCGCCCUCGCUGCGGACAGGGGUGGCCAGCGACGAGGGCAAAGUUGGCUCGAAACUCCCGCUCACCGGGGCACCAGCGGCUGCAGCGGGCUGUGGGGGCUGCGGGCGCGGGCCCCGCCGCCUGCCCGCCCCGGCGGAGCGGAGAAAGUUUGGCGGCAGGGGCGGGGCGGGGGCGGCGGCCGCGGGCGCUGCCGCAGUGAGCGCGCCCGGCCGGGGCUGCCGCCGGCCGCGGGAGCGCCCCGGGCUCCGCGCCUGCCGUCCGCCGUGCCAUGUGAGGCUCGGGGACAGCGUCGGCUGCCGCAGGCUUCAGCUGUUCCAUGCGGCCAGUAACCUUCUCCAAGAUGGAAUUUAGUCACAGCAGUCUGUUUGGAUACAUAGAAGACCUGCAGGAACUAACUAUUAUAGAGAGGCCAGUACGCAGGAGCCUGAAGACACCAGAAGAAAUAGAAAGAUUGACAGUUGAUGAAGAACUCAGUGAUAUUGAAAGGGCUGUUUAUCUACUCAGUUCUGGUCAGGAUAUCCAAGGAACAAGUGUGGUGGCAAAUCUCCCAGUCCUUAUGCGACAGAAUCCUGCAGAAACACUUCGUCGGGUUUUACCAAAAAUCAGAGAGGUUCUGCAUGUUGCAGGAGUGGAAAUGCAGUUAACAGCUGCUGUUUCUUUUCUGACUGUUCUGCAAGAGGAGUCGGUGUCCAUUCAUACGUACUCCCACUCCUUCCUACACAUCAUUCUCCAGAACCUGGAACACAGAGAUGCAGGUGUCAGCAGUGCAUGGUUAGAAACUCUUCUUGCUGUAAUAGAAGCGUUACCAAAGGAAACUGUCAGACAUGAGAUCCUGAAUCCACUUGUUUCCAAAGCACAACUUUCUCAAACACUUCAGUCCCGCUUAGUUAGUUGUAAAAUCAUGGGAAAAGUAGCUAACAAAUUUGAAGCUCAUGUUAUGAAAAGAGAGGUUCUUCCAUUGGUAAAAUCACUGUGCCAGGAUGUGGAAUAUGAAGUUAGAACUUGCAUGUGUCGGCAACUGGAACAUGUAGCUCGAGGAAUAGGGACAGAACUAACCAAAACCGUGGUGCUUCCUGAGCUAGUGGAACUGGCAAGGGAUGAGGGCAGCAGUGUACGCCUGGCAGCUUUUGAGACCUUAGUGAAUCUGCUCGAUAUGUUUGAUGCAGAUGAUCGGAGUCAGACUGUUCUCCCAUUAGUGAAAUCGUUCUGUGAAAAAUCCUUCAAAGCAGAUGAAUCUAUCCUAGUUUCUUUAUCUUUCCAUUUAGGGAAACUGUGUAAUGGAUUAUAUGGCAUUUUUACUCCUGAACAGCACUUGCGGUUUUUGGAAUUUUAUAAGAAGCUUUCCACACUGGGUUUACAGCAGGAAAAUGGGCACAAUGAUAAUCAACUACAUCUGCAAACUCUGGAACAGGAAAAGAAGUAUAUUUCAGUGAGGAAGAACUGUGCUUACAAUUUUCCAGCCAUGAUUGUUUUUGUGGAUCCAAAGAAUUUCCAUUUAGAACUUUAUUCUAUAUUCUUCUGCCUUUGUCAUGACCCCGAAGUUCCUGUCAGAUAUACCAUGGCCAUAAGCUUCUUUGAAGUUGCUAAGCUUUUAAAUUCUGAUGUGUACACAAUACAUAAAGAACUGGUUACGCUAUUACAGGAUGAGUCACUGGAGGUGUUAGAUGCCCUAGUAGGUCACCUUCCUGAAAUCCUUGAACUAAUGACUAAUGGAGGAGAAAACAAUGGAUCAGAAAGCAAGUUACUCUCUAUUCCUGACUUGAUUCCUGCAUUAACAACAGCAGAACAGAGAGCAGCAACUUCUUUAAAAUGGAGGACUCAUGAGAAGUUACUACAAAAAUAUGCAUGUCUCCCUCAUAUCAUAUCAAGUGAUCAGAUCUAUUACCGUUUUCUUCACAGGAUGUUGACAAUCAUUUUGACAAAUAAUGUCCUGCCAGUCCAAAAAGCAGCUGCUCGGACUCUCUGCGUUUAUUUGCGCUACAACCGCAAACAAGAGCAGAGACAUGAGGUUAUUCAGAAACUGAUUGAACAACUGGGCCAAGGAAAAAGUUACUGGAACAGACUUCGGUUUUUAGAUACUUGUGAAUUCAUUAUGGAACUGUUUUCAAAAUCAUUCUUCUGUAAAUACUUCUUUUUACCUGUGCUUGAACUUACACAUGACCCAGUGGCCAAUGUCAGAAUGAAGCUAUGCUGUUUGUUGCCAAAAGUCAAAUCUACUCUGAAGAUUCCCACUGAUAAACAUUUACUUCAGCAGUUGGAAUUAUGUAUAAGGAAACUUCUGUGUCAAGAGAAAGACAAAGAUGUCCUGACUAUUGUGAAAAGAACGGUGUUAGAACUGGACAGAAUGGAGAUCUCUGUAGAUGCUUUUCAGAAAAGAUUUUACAAAAAUGGUUUAUUGGAUCAAGAAAAAGAGAGACAAGAACAUCUCCUUUUGGAAAUGGAACAAUUAGAAAAAGAGAAGCAGAAAAAUGAAGGAAGAUCUACAAAUAUUAAUGAUAAAAUGUUUGAAAAGAAGCGUAGAGACAGUAAAACAUCAUCAGUAUUGGCAAAAAGUAUAAACCUCUCUAUUUCUGGAAGCUCUUCUGGUACAUCAGCAGGCAAAGAAGAAAAAAAAUCCAAGCUGGUUCGAAGCCAAUCUUUCAGUACUCAAGUACUGCAUCCAAAAUACAGCAACAUAGACAAGUGUCCUAAUAAAAGUUCUGCUACAGGAUAUACAUCUUCGGUACCAGGAAUAGGAAAGAGUUGUAUGUUAUCCUUUAGUGAUGAUUCAUUCCGGACUCACUCCGCUGGUAAUAGUGGGAAUGCUGCCUUCCCUUCUAGUUGUUCUCGCAACUUAUUCAACUCAGCUGACCAAAAGAACAAUGGGAAUAAGGAGAGUCAGGCCCGAAGGAUGAGCAUAAAAAACAGAAAAUCAAAUUCCUAGAUCAUCUGACAGAAAAAUGAGGGAACCAGAGAUUGGAGGAAGUAACAUUCUGGUGGGACAAGGUGGGAACAGCAGAUGGGACUCUCUAAUGCCUGGACUAAAUAAAAUGCAUCCUGCAAUGUUAAAAAAUUUAAAUAAAUC